GACGUCAGAAGCACGUUGAGCAGGUGCGAGAAGGGGAAGUUCCAGCAGCCAGGGGUGGUUUCUCCUGAUCUAGCAAAGAGACUUGGUGAUUUUACCCAGAAAAACAUUGUACUAAAGGAGACUCUGAAGAAAUGCCAAGAAACUCUGAUGUUUGAACUGCAGACAGCAAUGAAUGUGACUCUGGAUCCAGACACGGCUCAUCCCCAACACGUCCUGUCUGAAGACUGGAAAUGUUUGAGAUGGGGAGACACACCACAGCGACUGCCCAACAAGCCUGAGAGAUUUGUGCUGGCCUGUGAGGGAUUCACCUCAGGGAGACAUUGCUGGGAGGUGGAGAUGGGGUGUGGGCGAUGCUGGGCUGUAGGAGUGGCCAGAGAGUCUGUGAGGAGGAAGCGGGGGUUGAGUUUUAACCCUGAGGAGGGGAUCUGGGCUGUGCAGUGGCUGCAUGGGGAUCAAUAUCAGGCUCGCACCGCCCCUGAGUCCACAGUGUUACUGGGCUGGAUCCCCGGCAGGAUCCGGGUUUGUCUGGACUGUGACGAGGGGCAGGUGGCAUUUUUCAGUGUUGAAAACAAGGCCCUGAUCUUCACUUUCCCACCAGCGUCUUUCAAUGGGGAGAGAAUCCGCCCUUGGUUCUGUUUCUGGGACAGUGAAACCCAGCUGAGACUCUGUUCCUGAUGCACAAGGUUAUCUAUCCCCCUGCAGUCCAUGAAAUGGGCUUCUCUAGCCUCUGGCACCCUCAUUUCUUUGACCCUGGAAUCUAAAGUGGGCUGGUGACCUGUUCUCCCCCCUACAAACAAACAAACAAACAGACAAACCCACCCAACCCUCAGGGACAUUGACCAGCCUGUUUGUCACUGUUCUCUAUGAUCCCGGAGGACUCUAGCAUUCUGCCUGGUCAGAGAGCAAGAGGAGGAGUCCUUGGUGAGGGAGGACAGUACAGGUGGCAAAUAUUUGGGGCAUGGCAGGGGCAGGAGAAAAUGGUUAAUCUUCACUUUUGAUGAGUGUUUUCUAGAAUUUAACGAAGGUAUUUUUAUAUCAAGCCCGCGGAGGUUGUGUUUUAUGGUUCCCACGCUCAUUGGCUGCUGCAGGCGUUUUUGUUUUUUCACCAAGUGGAUUCUGUAUCUUCACAGCUGUAAAAAUGCUGAAAUGUUUGUGUCUCACAAUGAUUUCUCCUGUCUACUGCUGGGUAAAAUAUAGCACUAAACCCAGAAGCCCUCAGAACUACUUGCUUCACCAGUGUGGGGUUUGUUUGCUUUUUACUGACAUGCUCGGUGGGGUCGAGGUGGGUUACAGGUCAUUAGAAUUGCAACAAAAGCAAAGCCUCUGGAAUUGCAACAACAGUAACGAUCAUUUUUCAGAGUAGAAGCCGUGUU